AUGUCAUUUAUCAUCAUCAAGGCGCAAGCCCAUCCAAGCUACCAGGGACAGCUGAGCUGCCCACCGGGCCACAGUGGCGGCGGGCUGGCCAGCUCCCUGCCGAGGCACCUGCUCACCUGCACCAUCACCAUCUGCGGCCGCACUGCAUUCGCUGCAGCAACUUGCAACUUGCUAAACGCAUCGUCUGUGCCCGUCUGCCAGGCGCGAGCAUUCCGCAUCUCAUCACUACCCCAUACCUGUUCAAGGACAAAAAGAACUCGCUUGUCUUCAGUCCACCUCACUGCUCGCUUUCUCGCUUUCGCCAGCAAACGGCACAAGCCACACUGCCUCUAUCCAAUGUUGGGCCAAUUGCCACCGCCCGCUGCCAUUAACUAUUUAUCCGCAGCUGAAUCUGGAGACUCUCUUGUACCCGUCGUCUCCUGGGGCCCCUCCAGCUCCAAAGAGCUGUCACAUUUUCGCAAAAAAGAAUCCCACCUGCAGGGCCUAACUACGUCCGAGCCCAUGAAUCAGGAGAGACUAACUAUCAAUUAUAUUCACCCCGUGUGCCAUCAAUGGGGUACAGAGUUGCCCAUUUUCGGCGAACCCCCAGGAAAUGCAUGGUGCAUUUCCUGGCCAAUAGCGAGCUACGGCAUCCAAACAGUCGGGACGGGAUCGGCGUCCCAACUGAUCACCCGCUUCUGCCUGCUUGCAAAGCUCAUUGCCCUGUUGGGCUUAGGCUUCUUCUCUCACACUCAGCCACCACUUCAGGGAGAGUUUUGGCUGCUGCUUAUUAAAGUGGCUCUUAUGCAGCCAUCUGUUGCUCCCUGCAGUGGUAGCCGCGCCAUCCAAGACGGCAUAUCCCUUGUGCCCCUCACAAUACCAAGUCUCUGGAUACUGUGGUCAGCAAUUCGCGCGAUUGGCCGGUUGCACGUCAUUCGUAGCUAG